CUGCUGCUGCUGCUGCUGGACCACCAUGAGUUGUGCUCCCGGACGGAGCUCCACGUAGCGCCGCUCCCUCUCGUGCUUGUGCUCAUCAUCCGCGCGGGACCGGACGCAGGAUGACGGCUGCUCUGCCGCUGCUGCUUCUGUGCGCCACGAUGGCGUUACUGUUGGCGUCGAAGACUGAGCGGGCGGUGCAGCUCCCCUGCGAGUCGGGCGAGUACACGGUGGACGGCGAGUGUUGCCUGGAGUGUCCACCAGGGGAAGGUGUGGUGAGGAAGUGCGGCGCCAAGCAGACAGUCUGCGCCCAGUGCUUGGACAGCGAGACCUUCUCUGAGAACUACAGCCACACCGAGGUGUGUCGGCCCUGCACCGAGUGCACGGGCCUGAUGCGCAUGGACACGCCUUGCACCGACUCCAACGACGCCAUCUGCGUUUGCAAGUACAACUUCUUCUUCAACCGCAUCAGCGGCCGCUGCGAGCCCUGCACCGUGUGCCCGGCGGGCCAGGGCGUGUACUCGCACUGCGAGCACUUUCACGACACCGUGUGCGAGGAGUGUGUGGACUAUACCUUCUCUGACCGGGAGAGCUCGCUGGACCCCUGUUUGCCCUGCACCAUCUGCGACGACGAAACCGAGAUCCAGCUGGACGUCUGCACGCCCACCAGCGACUCCGUCUGCCACAACCCCAACCUCCCGACCGACGACCCCCUGACCACCACGGACCCCAGCACGCCUGCGUCCUCCACCAACUUCUUCCUGCUGGACGGCUCCGACAACCCGCCCCCAGGGGGGGAGACCACCACCUCCAGUGCCGGCUCUCCUCGCUUCCUGGGACACGGCUUCAAUGAGAACCUCAUCCCGGUCUACUGCUCCAUCCCUGCCGUGGUGGUGGGCCUGGUGGCCUACAUCGUCUUCAAGAGGUGGAACAGCUGCAAACAGAACAAACAGGCGGCCAACAACCGCGCGGCGACGGAGAACCAGAUGGUGACGCCGGAAGGCGAGAAGCUGCACAGCGACAGCGGCAUCUCGGUGGACAGCCAGAGCCUGCAGGAGCAGCAGGCGCAGGCUGAGGCCUCGCGCUCGCACACGCAGGAGCAGAUCGUGGUGAGAGUCGACGGCGCCUCACAACCCAACUCACCCCCCCCCCAGGUCUGAGGAUGGAGGGAGCUGCAGCGAAGGCGGGGAGGGAGGAGCAGAGCCAGAGAGCGAGAGAUAAAGGCCCCAGCCCCGGAGAACAUGACUGUCAUGGUGCGCUCAGAUACACUGACCGACUCCUGAGAGACACUGGCGGAACAUCGCGUCCAGCUACAGUAACUGCUGCUCUCACCGUCCGGUGUGAGCUGGAAGAGCUCCAUUAUCCCCUCCGAAGCAUCAACCUUUUCUCUCCGCCUGAUGAUGUUCUCACGCCGUGACUCAGCGCCAACUUCUCCCCCAACUUUCUCUUCAUUUCCCACAGAUGCGUUUCAUGGCAGGUUGCCUUGUGAGAUGUUUGCGUCAGCGCUGGAGCUCGGCGGGCGACUGAUGAUGAAAGUGACUCACAUUUGAAAAAGGUCAAUUACUGCAAAGCCCUGUUUUUUCUUUUUAUCCUCCAAGAACUUUUGGAAAAGCUUCUUCAGCUGCUGUGCUCUCCAAUGUGUCCGGGUUCGUGGUCCGGGCCACGUAGCCGACUCAGCAGGGUGCCUUCACACAGACCAACAAUAACACGUCAUACGUCUGUUUACUCAGCACCACAGCGCCACAUGCUCUUGCGCCGUCACCUGUAGGCGGCCCAACGCUCGCGACAAUCCAGUCCCACCCGUCCAACUUUAGCUAGUGCUAAGCUAAAUUAGCAAACCCUGCGUUAACUCGGUUUGACACUACAUUCCACACUCCCCCGCCAAAGUUGAGACUUGUUUUGGUUUCCGGUCAUCACACACACUGCUGCGCUCUUGUUAGCAUACGUGGCUAUAAAGCCAGUUCCAGCCGCUCACGACAAAUCCUUUUUUCCACGACCUGUAGUCGGGGAACACCUCCAAGAGAAGCGUGUGGUUACAGUGCAACGUGGCGCACCUGUCACUGUGGAGGCGCUAAUGCGUAGCUAAGCUUCCCAUUAGAGAGAGGCUCUGACAGGGAGGUCGUAAUUACCGCCGCUCUGUUUGCCUCUUGUCAGGCUGAAAUGCUGGGGCGGCUUGGUGCAGGUCAUAAGGGAAAAAAUGCCUCUUUGAAAAUAACGUUACAGAACUUUCUGUGAACGGCCUCUGUGAUAUAGAAGCACUUAGCCUGCGGGCACUUUCGGGACUCUUUUAUCGGAGUGGAACUCUUUCAUGAACCCCGUGCUGCUGCUGCCAGAGCUGAAAUACGCUUGUUUCACCAAGACUCCAGCCAAAUUUGACUGGAGAAAACAACCCACCCGCUCAGCACCCCGUCCCUUUGGCAUAGGACGCCCUCCUUUUAAGGUCAGUUAAAGGAGGUUCUUCUGAUCCACGACAUGAGAUCCCUCAAAACCCAAGUUUUUAUUUUCCCUCUCAAAACAAGGGACCCGCUGGGAGCCCAAGUGCCGCCCCGUCUCUGAGGACAUUGGGACCUCUACCUCAAACUACGGAGAUCCUCUCACGGACCAUCUAGGGGCAGGGGUUUGCAGGGUUUUCCGAUGGUUCAUGGUGGUGUUUGAGACCUGAUAGAGUCCAGAUUCCUGACCCACGUGUUGGGCGUCCAGAUGGGUCCACUUUGUCACAUGAGUCACGGGGAACUCUUCAACCUUGUGAGCUCACACCUGAUUUGUGAUGGAAUUGAGAGUAGUACCUCUGUUUUGGGUCGACCUAGCUCCAGGGGUUUUGCAGGGAUUUCCAGGAAUAUCUGGAAUGAGAAGUCAUUCCAGGUUCUAGCAGGUUGUGUGGGUUUUUUUUUUCUACAUGUGAGGCUCUCAUGAACUACCAGCUUGAUGAUGAUGAUCGAGUGAUGAAAGCAUGGACCAUCUACUAGUCCAGUCCAGCGUGACGCGCCCCACAAAGAGCUUCGGUCACGUCCCAAAUGUUCCUGAACCUUCUGGACUUCAUUCUAAAGCAGCGACGGCGGCUUUAUUGUGAGCAUGAGGCGUAAUCAUGUGACACCCACACACGCUGACACACACACACUCGUGAUUCAUCCUCACUCCAGCUGCGGCGCUGACAUUCAAGCGGCUGCUCUUGCAGUGGCGGCGAGCAGAAUGCGGAACAAGAAAACCUCGGCUUCCCUGGGAGCCGCAAUCAGCCCCGUCCCCGGAAUGGAAAGUGAAUUGGCUCGACCCCCCCCACCUCACCUCCCAUGGUCUGAGCGGCGAGCCCCCCCAUUCCAGAAUGUACCACCAGAAGAUAUGCAACAAUAUCCAAGCUUUUUCUUUUCAACCUUGUUUUGUAGCACUUGGUAGAUGAUUGCACUCAAAAGUGUGGACCACGUUUUAAGUGCCUGUAUACAGCGUCAGGUGACUUGAGUUAUGACUUUAGUACUUCAGUAGGAGACUCCAGAAAACUGUAUAACACCACAACUGUGUUGCCUUGUGUGUGCGUGACGCGCAGGAGUCGUCGUCGACGUCCUGGUGGACGUCUGCGUGCUGAAGGUUUUUGCAUGCGCAGGGCUUCAUCCUCCAUUUCUCUGGUCUGAACACCAGGAUGAGGACUUUCUGUGGAUGAAACUUGCCCAAGUGUAAAUGUGAACUUCUUAGAGGGAAUGUUCACGGUGAACACUAUAAUGUACAGAACUAUGAUGUGAGCAAAUGAAAUGAACAUCUGUUAUACAAUAAAGGACAGAUGUCAUUGCAGCGUUGGAGUCUUUGUUU